AUGAACUUGCCAAGUACUGAGCCCCUUCGCUCCUCACCCCCACGCAGCCUCCGGAGCUCGGAUGGGGAAGACGGUGAGAUCGAUAUACUGGGAGAGGAAGAAGAUGAAGACGAGGAGGAGGAAGAGGAGAACGACGAGCCUGAGAGGAGCCAGCGGCUCUUAGAGCAGUUGCACCAGCCAGAGCCGCAGGGGGCGCGGCGGGGCGCUGGCGCACUUCCCCGAGACGGCCCUGAGAGCGGCUGCUGCCCGAGCGACUCCUCCGAAUUCAGGACAUCAACCAGGUCUGCAGCGGCUUCUGCGGAUUGUACGCAGCCGACGAAGCCCCCCUACUCAUACAUUGCACUCAUCACCAUGGCCAUUCUACAGAGCCCGCACAAGCGCCUCACGCUCAGCGGCAUCUGCGCCUUCAUCAGCGGUCGUUUUCCCUACUACCGCCGCAAGUUCCCCGCCUGGCAGAACAGCAUUCGCCACAACCUCUCGCUCAACGACUGCUUCGUCAAGAUUCCCCGCGAGCCAGGACACCCGGGAAAGGGCAACUACUGGAGCCUGGACCCUGCCUCCCAAGACAUGUUCGACAAUGGCAGCUUCCUUCGGCGCAGGAAGCGCUUCAAGCGCCACCACCAGCCCCCGGUGGCCCACCUGCACCACCCCUUCCCCCUACCGGCUGCAUCCGCCGCCCUGCACGGCCCCUACACAGGCAUGCUGCUUGGGCCUCCGACCCCUUCGCAGCCUGUCCUCGGGGCCUAUUCUGCUCCCACUCCCGCGAGCCGCCCUUGCGCACUGCUGCAUCCUCACCCCCUCCGCUGCCUGCUUCUCUCUGCCCCAGCCUACGCUGAGUCGCCCAGGAGAGCUCAAGGCGAGGAUCUGAUGACCCCUGCACCCUUCCGGCGCUUCAACCCACGCUGGAUUCCCAACCUUGGGAAGAGGGCAAGGGACCGGCGUCCCAGUCAGGAGGCAGAUGCACCUCCUUUAGCAUCGAGAGUAUCAUGCAAGGAGUCCGAGGAGCUAGUACUGGCGCUGUGCAGAAUCUGCCCCCGCCCCCGUGGGGCUACUACCACCUGCUGCAGCGCCCGUCGUGCCUGUUGCAUCCCCAAGCUGCUGCCCCUUUGCUCCACGUGUCCGCCGCCGCCGCAUCCGCUGCCCGGACAAUUUUGCAGCAGCAGCAACAGCAGCAGGACUGUGCCAGCGGCUGCGCUCCCAGCAAGGGCGCUCUGCUGGGCCGGCACCUGUCCGCCACCGCGGCGUUACUGGCGUGUCAGCCGGGAGCAGAGGGCCCUAGGCUUAGGUCGCUGGUCGCCCUUUCCGGCAGAGAGGGGACCUCGUCUGCCUUUUGAGUAGCAUCCACAGCUCCUCGGGAAGGACCGGGAACCAAGCCGGAGGGCGGAGCCACCCAAGGUUAUGGUCUCCUCCCAGUCGGCUCUGGCACACUCUACCUUGCAUAGCCUGGACCUGGUGCGUGCAUCUUUAUUCCGAAGAGGAGAAACCACUAAAUUCUGUUCACAACGAAAUUUCUAGAAAGGAAAAGUUGGUUACUGUUCCCUUAAGACAACAUGAAGGUAAACGUCCGACAGCGUCAUCAAGGCUCACCUUUUAAAGAAAACUUCCAGUUGUGACUUCCAAGCCUUUUCCGAUUUGCACAUUUCCAGAGGAACUAUGAACGUGAGUGGGACAUUUUGUUCUAGCAUUAAAAGAAAAACAAUGAAAAUAAAUUGUCCAGUGCACAACAUGUGCCCCCACCCCUGUCUUCGCUGCAAGUAUUAUUCCCAAGUCCAGUGCAGAAUGCUUGUGCCCUUUAUGUCUUCCUGAA